UGGAUUAACCGGGUUGUACAGGCCCUCUAUGCCAUAAUUUGAAAGUGGCUACACGGAACCUGCAAGAUUUUGGAUCACUUUUACAGGCUAUAAUCAAACCCUUUGGUGGGGAAUAAUUUUACACUACAAUGGCGAGCUUUAUUGCAAAACAGCUGAUUGGGAACCAGCUGGAUUCAGUGAAGGGUGCACUUGGAGACAAGAAGGACGAUGACGGAGGAUCGGGUGCCAAAGAAAUCGAUCCAGAGGUUGAGGCUGCCAUCAGGGAAGCUGAGGCACGCCGUGAAGCAAAACAUCAAAAGAUGGAAGAAGAACGAGAAGUAAUGCGUCAGGAAAUUCGUGACAAGUAUGGAAUUAAGAAAAAAGAGGAGGAAAAUCCCGAGUUUGAUUUUUCAAGCCCAGAAGGAAGACUUGGCCGGAAAAGAAAGACCGCGGCGGAGUUGGCUGCCGAAGCCUCUGCAGCUGAAGAGGCCGAAAAUUCUCUGACCAAUAUGCUACCAGAAAAUAUGCGCGAUAUAGCACACAAAGUCACCGAAGUCCCGGGAAAACUAAUCUCCGAAGCAACAGACAAGUGCUCUGCCAUGUAACGCCUUCGUUUUUUUGGCCUCCUUAACUUCGGUUUGCUCUUCGCAAGGACCAAUAUUAUUUUUUACCUCGUUCUACUAGUGUGUUUCACAUAUAAAACUGCUUGAGGUUGAGCCGUAUAAUCUGUGUAGUCGAUUGAGGUGCCGAAACUUAAACGGUAACUUUUUUUGCAUUACAUUCAGCAUCCGCCAUUGCUUGCCCCACCUGGACAAGUUUAACUUAGCAGACACCUAUUUGCCUCAACCUGCUUCUGAGGACCACAUGCAAUUUAGUCAAAAAAUCGGCGCACCGUAGUCACGGUGAACAAUUAGAACUGCUUAGUUGUCUAGCGUAAUUCGCCGGUAGAGCAAAGCCCACGGAAGAUCCAGACACUUGGCAUUGAGCACGCACUAGUCGAAUUUCAUCUCCUCCUUUUCUCUCUCUCGCUCUGUCUCUUCCGUAAACAUUAUCCAAUGACAAUGUGAAAACGCAUAAUUCUACACAGGGUAACCAAAAUGGUUCCUUGUUUGUUCAAAGAUUUACCUCUAUUUAACUUCACAUUCAAAAAAAGUUACAAUUUGGUCAUAAGCAUUAUUUCAGAGAUGUAUGUCAUUUUGGAAUCAUUUCAUUUGUAAAUUGACGGAUUUUGCAGAGUUUCCGUGAUUUAUCCUCCCUGUUUUUUUCUUUAAAGUCAAUAAAAGUGUUUAUCGA